AACUUAUCUGUUUCACUAGUUGUGUCUUGCAUCGCAGCCAGUUUCCUCCAACGUUUCUUUUUGGAACUGCAACCUCUGCUUAUCAGGAAGAUGUGGAGUUAAUGCAUUCCCUUGGAGUAAAUGCUUAUCGAUUUUCCAUUUCAUGGUCCAGAAUCCUACCAAAAGGUAGAUUUGGGGAAGUCAAUCCUGUGGGAAUCGAAUUCUACAACAACCUAAUAAAUGCCCUCUUAUUACAUGGGAUACAACCAUUUGUAACAUUGCACCAUGUUGAUUUUCCUCAAGAACUUGAAGAUCAAUAUGGCUCAUGGUUGAGUCCAGAAAUGCAACAAGAUUUCUGGUAUUUUGCGGAAGUGUGUUUCAAAGCUUUUGGCGAUAGAGUAAAAUAUUGGGUAACAAUGAAUGAGCCAAACCUCAUGACAAAACUGGGUUAUAUGGUUGGCGAAGUCCCACCCAAUCAUUGCACCAAACCCUCGAAUAACGGUUGUCAACAUGGGAACCCAGCGCAUGAACCCUAUGUCGCUGCACACAAUAUGAUAUUAUCACAUGCCACUGCAGUAGACAUCUAUAGGAGAAAAUAUCAGCUUAAGCAAGGAGGUAUGAUUGGGAUCGUUCUACAUGCAUUGUGGUAUGAACCACUUAGAGAUACUGUAACAGAUCGCUUAGCAGCAAAACGGGCUGUUGCUUUCUUCAAUGCAUGGAUUUUGGAUCCCAUAAUGUAUGGCGAUUAUCCUAUUGAAAUGCGUGAAAUUUUGGGUCCACUGUUACCAACAUUCUCAUUACAAGAGAAGGAGAAGUUAAAGAACAAAUUAGACUUCAUUGGAAUUAAUCAUUAUACAACUCUCUAUGCACAAGAUUGCUUGUUCUCUCAAUGCAACUCUAAGCCUUCACAAGAGGAUGCAUUUGUGAAUCCUACAGGGGAAAGAGACGGUCGUCCUAUAGGAGAUCCGACGGCAAUGAAAGAGAUUUAUGUGGUUCCUUACGGUAUGGAGAAGAUUGUCAUGUACUUCAAAGAAAGAUAUAACAACACUCCGAUGAUUAUCACUGAAAAUGGUUAUCCUGAUGCAAGCUAUCCGAAUGCUCCUGUCGAAGACUUACUCAAUGACACAAAAAGAGUAGAAUAUCUAAGUAGCUAUUUGGCUUCCCUAACUAUAGCUAUGAGAAAUGGAGCUGAUGUGAGAGGCUACUUCAUAUGGUCUCUAUUUGACAAUUUCGAAUGGAACAGUGGAUAUUCUUUGCGAUAUGGGCUUCAUUAUGUGCAGUACAAUACAUUGGAUAGAAUAGAAAAAUUAUCUGCAAAAUGGUACAAAGAAUUUCUUAACGGGGAGAAUACAAUGAAACAAAGCACCCACAGUGACUUUAAAAUACGAAGACUUCUAUUAUCAUAG